CCGGACCAGGAAGUUCCGGGCCGAGAUCCUGGUGCCAACGAGUCACGCCUGGUGCUGACAGGACUAGAGAUAUGGCAGCCCCCGGGGCCGUGCUGUGCCUCUUCGACGUGGACGGGACUCUGACGGCCCCGCGGCAGAAAAUUACCAAAGAAAUGGAUGACCUGCUACAGAAAUUGAGGCAGAAGAUCAAAAUUGGUGUGGUCGGCGGAUCAGACUUUGAAAAAAUGCAGGAGCAACUGGGAAAUGAUGUGGUUGAAAAAUAUGAUUAUGUGUUUCCAGAAAAUGGCUUGGUAGCAUACAAAGAUGGGCAACUCUUGUGUAAACAGAAUAUUCAAGGUCACCUGGGCGAGGCCCUAAUCCAAGACUUAAUCAACUACUGUCUGAGCUACAUAGCGAAAAUUAAACUCCCGAAAAAGAGGGGCACCUUCAUUGAAUUCCGAAACGGGAUGUUGAAUGUGUCCCCUAUUGGAAGAAGCUGCAGCCAAGAAGAACGCAUUGAGUUCUACGAACUCGAUAAAAAAGAAAACAUAAGACAAAAAUUUGUAGCAGAUCUGAGGGAAGAGUUUGCGGGAAAAGGCCUCACGUUUUCUAUCGGAGGCCAGAUAAGCUUUGAUGUCUUUCCUGAUGGAUGGGAUAAGAGGUACUGCCUGGGACAUGUGGAAAAGGAUGGCUACAAGACCAUUUACUUCUUUGGAGACAAAACCAUGCCAGGCGGCAAUGACCACGAGAUCUUCACGGACCCGAGAACCGUGGGCUACGCCGUGACCACGCCCGAGGACACGCGCCGGCUCUGCGAGGAGCUCUUCUCCUAGCGCCCCUGCCCCGGUGGGGCCCCUCCCUCACGGGCUCGCCACGCUGGCCACACGUCCCUGACAGCCUGGGCCGCGACCACGCGGGAGGGGGCCCACCUGCCAGAGAAAAUACCUCAAAGGAUUUCCACCCCUGGCCCCAGCCAGAGACAACCCCCCCGUAGCUUCCCCAUGGUCUAGAAUCACACGUGAAGGAACAGGUGUGCCUGGGCCCUCCCUCCAGGUGGGUCUUGUGACACCCAUCGGGGAGAUCAGUUUGGACCCCCUGCAUCAAUACCGGAAGGGGGGUUUGAUGCUGAGUCUGGGAUGAAGCUCCCUCCGGAGUGUUGGCCUGAGGGAGGCCUUGAAUCCGAGGGGAUCGGGGUCUUUGGGGGGGUGAGGCCGAUGGCUGGGUGGCCCGGAGGCACCGACCCAGAGGGCUUUGCCCCCACGGACACUAACUGGAUCCUCUGUGUGCUGCACAGCUCGGCCGGUUCUCCUUGUCCAGCCAGUUGGAGGGAAACAGGAACCCAAACUCCUGGCUGAGAAUUAGCACUGGCCAGACAGCCCUUCCCCCAGAAGCCAGGUCCAGUUAGUUGAGAGAAACUAACUUGGGCUUUGCCUCUCCACCGUGAGGACUCUCACGGGCCCGGCCGGGCCUCACAGGGGCCUUACCCCUGGUUUUCCAGGGGUCCGGGAAGAGCCUGGGUCAGCAGCAGGGACAGGCUGCUCCUCACCUGCAGGCCCUUUGCCAAGGUGCGCCCGGGCUGGGCCCGCGCCGCCUGCCCUUCCAUGGCCAGCAAGUCCUCUGCCGCUGGGAGGCGCCGGGCCCGGCUAAGAACGUCCAUGGGAGUGGUUCCGGUCACUCCACAGCGUCUGGCCGCGCCACCACCCUUUGAGCCCCCGCCUCCCAGCGCACCUCAGGCGGGUGCAGGCCCCCCAGGCUGCCCACCCAGCUGGCCUCCACCAGGACCAGAUCAGGCACGAGGGAGACGCAGGGGCUGUGAACUCUGCCCCUUGCCUUACCCGCGACGGGCAUGGGAUGGUCGUGGCUCAGUGGUUGAAUUGUGCAGAUGAUACUGUAAUGGCCUUUUAAGGGGAACAGUAGGAAAUUAAAGUGAUUCUACUGUUUGCAGCAAAAGCUCCCAA